AUGUAGUAAAAGUUGAGGUGAAUAGUGUCACUUAAAAAACCUGCAAUACUACGGGCUUCGGAGUUUUUCUGCUCCUCCUCCGCGCUGCUCUUUCGGCCUAUCCUUCCCAAAACGAAGCCUCAGUUUGAAUAAGAAUUAGAUUAAAAGCCUCAGUUAGGGUUUUGGAUUGGAGGGUGCUGUGUUGCCUGAGCUUGUGGAUUAUGUUCUGCUUGAGACUAUGCACAUUGAAUACCUAAAUCUGUUAAUUGUUUGAUUUGAAUGCCGCAUUACAUCAUUGUUUUUUCUUGAUUCCUUUUGAGGAGCCUUAUUUUAGUAUAAAGAACAGAGAAUGUAUGGUAGAGCGGGUCUUGAACGGUUUAAAAAGGCUCAAUCCUCGGAACCAUUUUCAGUUACUGUCAAUUCCACCCCCAAAACCACUACCCAACAAGCUCCUAAAACAGUUACCCAUUCCUCAGUUCAAUAUUUGCAUUCUCAGACACAAACUCAAAACCAACACCAGACCUAUGUUCCUCAAAAACCAGCGGGACCUGAGGCAGGGCCAUUGGUGGGACAGACGCAGCAGCUAACACAGGUUGGAGGGGGACAGUCAACUUGGCAGCCUCCAGAUUGGGCAAUUGAGCCUCGGUCAGGAGUUUAUUAUCUUGAGGUUUUGAAGGACGGUGAGGUUCUUGAUCGGAUUAAUCUAGAUAGAAGAAGACACAUCUUUGGGAGGCAAUCCCAUACGUGUGAUUUUGUGCUUGAUCAUCAGUCUGUCUCACGCCAGCAUGCUGCCGUCAUUCCUCACAAAAAUGGAAGCAUUUUUGUAAUUGAUUUGGGGUCUGCACAUGGUACAUUUGUGGCAAAUGAGCGAUUGACCAAAGAUGUUCCUGUUGAGCUUGAGGUGGGCCAGUCUUUGCGGUUUGCUGCAUCAACACGAACAUAUAUCUUGAGAAAGAAUGAUGCAGCUCUUUUCACGCGGCCUCCACCACCUUCAGAGAUUAAUCUACCACCACCUCCUGAUCCGUCUGAUGAAGAGGCCGUUGUAGCUUACAAUACUCUUAUAAAUCGCUAUGGUCUUAGCAACCCUGACUUACUGUCUAAAUCUGGCAAAUCUGGUUCCUCAUCAAGUACAAGAGAUGAUAACCAGCAGUCUGGCAGAGCUGCUAAGAGAAUGAAGAAAACAAGAGUGGCUUUUAGAGAUCAAGUUGGGGGAGAACUGGUUGAAGUAGUUGGAAUUUCAGAUGGUGCGGAUGUAGAAACAGAACCUGGUCCAAUAGGUGUAAAAGAGGGAAGUCUUGUUGGAAAAUAUGAAUCCCUUGUACAGACUACUGUAAUACCCAAAGGUAAGGAACAGUCAUCGGCAAAAGAAAACAGUGCUUCCCAAGCUGCUGUGACUAAUAAACUGCAAGAAGUCUUGAAUAAGGUCAGAACUCCUCCAAAAAGCGGGAUGUAUGAUGACCUUUAUGGAGAAGCAUUUUCUGGCAAAGUGGGUUCUUCGUGGGCAUAUUCUUCUGUUAAUUCUGGUACUAAACCGGAUCCUCCAAUUAAAGAUGAUGCCCAACAGAGCGCUUUGAGUGGAAAACUAGGUACUAACUUCAGCACGUAUGAUGACGAUAAUGAUGAUGAUUUAUUUGGUGACUGACUAAUAUAAGAGAGUUGGAAGCAAACUGUUAUUUUGUUAUUUAGUUUGUGUUCUAGAGAGCAGCAGCUACUGGACAAAAGGGGUAACUGGUUAGUUUGUAAAUGAGAAUUUUUGUUGUAACUGAUCCAGAAUUUUAUCUUUGUAAUGGAGAUUGCCCAAUGGAAGGGUUUGAAUUUAUAAUUGAGUUACAUUUGAGGGUUUAGUUUGAACUUUUUGUGAGAAUGCUCUAGAAGUACCGAGUCAUUUCUGUAAUUUGAACUAAUAGAUCUAGAGGAAAUGUACUCUGGCUUCAUUACAUUGAA